AUGACGUCUGAGCAUACCCCGCUGCUUCAAGCAGUCGAACAGACUCCUAGAUUGACCCAGAAGAUCGCGUUCUACAUAGGAACAGGAAUCAUUGCCAUUGUGGUACUAUGCGUUGUGCUGUCUGGCUCUUCCUCCAAUGGGGACUUGGGCUAUAUUCAAGCACGCGACGACCUUGUGGACGCGAUCUCUAGCAAGAGAAUUGGCGAAUUGACGAAAAAGAUUUAUCUUGACGGCCCGCACCUCGCAGGUCAGAACGAGAAGCUGGCUCUAUGGACUAAGGACAAGUUCGAGGAGUAUGGCUGGGAAGCCGAAGUGGAGACCUAUGAUAUCUGGCUCAAUCGCCCUGUUGACCACUCUGUUGCACUUCUGGAUGGUGAUAAAAUCAUUCACGAGCUCUCCCUUGAAGAAGAUCGGUUGGAAGUUGAUGAGACUACAACGCGCAGCGACCGCGUCCCUACGUUCCAUGGAUAUUCUGCCUCUGGAAAUGUGACCGGACAGCUGGUAUACGCAAACUUCGGACGCAAACGUGAUUAUGACCAGCUUGUUGCCAGAGGUAUUGACCUCAAGAACAAGGUUGUGAUUGUUCGUUAUGGUGGCCUUUUCCGCGGCCUAAAAGUCAAAUUUGCAGAGGAACUUGGCGCUAGCGCAGUGUUGAUCUACAGCGAUCCAGCUGAGGACAAUGGAAUUACGGAGAAAAAUGGAUACGAGGCCUACCCUUAUGGUCCUGCCCGCAACCCUUCCAGUGUUCAGCGGGGUAGCGUGCAAGACCUGGCUUUUCACCCUGGUGACCCGACCACCCCCGGCAGACCAUCUGUUCCCGGAGCUGACCGAGAUGAGCCAGAUGGAAUUGUGAGCAUUCCUUCCAUCCCAAUUUCUUAUCGCGAUGCUUUGCCUCUGCUCAAGUCUUUGAACGGCCACGGACCAAUUUUCGGAGAAUGGCAAGGUGAUCUUACUGAUGUGGACUACGCCACGGGCCCUUCAGAUCUUUUGGUAAAUGUUUACAAUGAGCAGGUGUAUGACUUUAUCCCUAAUCGGAACGUAAUUGCUCGUAUAAAGGGUGAGAUCGACGAAGAGGUUGUCAUUGGUAACCACCGUGACGCAUGGAUUAUCGGUGGAGCAGAUCCUAAUUCAGGCUCUGUAGUUACGCUGGAGCUGGCAAGAGUGUUUGGAGAGCUCCACAAACGCGGUUGGAAGCCGUAUCGUACCCUUGUUCUUGCUUCCUGGGACGGUGAAGAGUACGGCCUUCUUGGUUCCACGGAACAUGGAGAAGACCACGCAGAGCACAUUAAGAAGAAGGCGCUGGCGUAUCUCAACUGCGAUAUGUGCUUUAGUGGGUCACGGUUUGGCAGCGAAGCUUCGCCGCUGUUGAGCAAAAUCAUCUACGAAGUAACCAAGGGCAUUAGCAAUCCCUUCAAUGAAACCCAAAGUGUUUUCGAGGGUUGGGAUGCUCAACGCGGCGGUGCAGUGACCGGCUACCUGGGGUCUGGAAGUGAUUACACGGUUUUCCAAGACUAUCUUGGUGUUCCAAGCCUGGACAUGAGCUAUGCGGCUCAGGCUGGUGACAACGUCUACCACUACCACUCAAAUUACGACUCCUACUACUGGAUGACGCACUUUGGCGACGUAGAUUUCAAGGCGCACAGUGCGAUUGCCAAGAUUAUUGGGUCAAUUGCCAUAGAACUUGUCGGGAGCCCGGUGAUUGGGUUUUCCGUCGAGUACUACGCUGCCGGUAUCAAACGGGUGCUUGAAGACCUGCUCUCGAAUCCCAACGAGCUGUCACAUGAAAGCGACGCUCUUUUGGAUGUCGCUGACGAGCUUGUAAAGAACUCUAAGAACUUCGAUGCCCAAUUGGAUCAGCUCCGCGAGGACGCCAAAACCGAUCUUCCCUGGUACAAAUUCUGGCAAAAGUAUUUGCUCCGCCGCCGCAUUGCUGCAGCCAAUUUGAAACUAUUCUAUUUGGAGCGCGAGUUUAUCUACGACGAAGGAUUGGACGGCCGCAACUGGUACAAGCAUAUGCUGUUUGCACCGAGCCGAUACACCGGCUAUGCCGGACAAGUCGCUCCAGGAAUCGCCGAGGCCCUGGAAGAUCACGAUGUCGAGAAGCUCUCGAAAUGGAUCUCUAUUAUCCAAGGCGCCAUCAGCCGUGUUUCUAACAUCAUCGAGUAG